UCGGGACAUGUGCAGAAGCGAAGAGGGCUCAUUGGGCAGGUUCUGCUCUGGCUGCUCCGGGAGCUUUCCCUGCUGCUGCUGCUCAGCCGCUCCCGGGCUCUAGAAAUAGUUUCCCAUCCCAAAAUGCUCCGGUCGCUACAGCGGCUGGCUAAGAGGCGAGCGCUGCCUCCCUCGCCCGCGGCGUAGGGAGCCCGGAGGGACCCAGGCGGAGUGCGACCUGUCUGUCUAACCCUUGGAUAAGCUGCCUGCAUUCUGAAGCAGCUCCCGCUCUUCCCAGCCGUCUCCAUAGACUGUGCGCCCUCUUGUUACCACCCUUUUCUGAUUUUCCUUUCCUUGUGCUCUGCCCUCUGGACUUCUGUUGCUGGGGUAUUUUUGGAGGGGCGGCUGGAUGGAGAAUGGUGGUUGGAUUGUCCAUUCCAUUAGUAAGAUGUGGGGCCAAAUGCUGCCCUUCCUUAAACGCCAUAAUUCUGCCCUACCCUAAGCAGAUGUGUCCCAGCUAACAUCAGAAUGCCUGUUUCUGCCCCUGUAAAUCCCAUGCAGCCAGAUCAGACUGGAGGAAUGGGGUCAGGCCAGGACAAAUUAAGCUCCUUGCUUCAGCUUGUGACACCAAACUAACAUGCUGCCUCUGUAGAUUGUGCAGACUGUAAGAAAAAACAGGGAUGCCCAUUUUAUGAAGUGCUUUGAUCAGCAGUUAAAUGGUAUAUGCUGAUAUUUUAAAUUGUGUAAUUAGGCAUCAGAGUUAACAGCCCAUAGAGAUGAAUGGAGUAGUUCACAUCUCUGAGCUAUUGUUUCAGGCUUGCUUGCUUUAUUUAUUUGUUUUUGUAGACUCAAGAAGAAAUCACUAAAUCAGUCUACAUUCACUUCAGAAUCUGAAGUGUUUUUUGUCUUUUGUUUCUGCAACCCAUUUGUUUGUGUACAACCAAUUGAGCCAAGAUUGUAGCAGAAUUUGGCCCUGUGACUUUAGAUUUCACAGCAAUAUCGGGAAAAGUUCCACUGUAGACCAUGCCUGUCCCUCCCCCUCCAGCUCCUCCGCCUCCCCCAACUCUUGCACUGGCAAAUACCGAAAAGCCUUCCUUAAACAGGUCCGAACAAGCGGGGCGAAAUGCUCUCCUAUCUGAUAUUAACAAAGGAAAAAAGCUAAAAAAGACUGUUACUAAUGAUAGAAGUGCCCCUAUUCUAGACAAACCCAAAGGAUCUGGUGGUGGUGGUGGUGGUGGUGGCGGCAGUGGUGGAGGAAGUGGCGGAGGAGGAGGUGGUGGUGGCGGUGGUGGCUAUGGCGGAGGAGGACCACCUGGCUUAGGAGGCCUGUUUCAGUCAGGAAUGCCAAAGCUCAGAUCUGCAGCAAAUCGAGAUACAGAUUCUGGAGGAAACAGACCUCCCAUGCUACCACCAGGAGGAAGAACAACAUCUGCCAAGCCUUUUUCACCUCCAGGUGCCGUAGGGAGAUUUCCAGGGCCUUCUUUGGGGCAAAGAAGUACCGCUGCCGAACCACAGAGAAACCGAAUGCCACCUCCGAGACCUGAUUUUGGUUCCAAACCAGAUACAGGACCUCCUCCAGUGCCAAAUACUCUGAGACCCAUUCCAUCAAGUUUACACAACAGAGUAUCCCCUCCUGUGCCAGGAGCAAACAGGCAAACCAGUGCAGGGCCUAUCCCUCCAUCUUUCCCAGGAAACAGAAAUACAGGAUUCGGAGGAUCUAUUCGCCAGUCGACUCCAAGUUCCUCACCUUCUUUCUCUAACAGACCUCCCCUUCCUCCUGCACCUGGCAAGUCAACAGAUGACAAGCCCCCGCCGCCACCACCUCCAACAGGAAACAGGGCAUCCAUCAACCGGGAACCUUCUUUUCCACCUCCACCACCUCAAAACAGUAAACCUCCCGUUCCUUCCACACCUCGGCCAUCCGCUGUCUCACAGGCUCCACCCCUGCCUCCAGGCAGACCAGGCUUACCUCCAGUUCCACCCAUUUCCAGUGGAAAUGAUGACAUGCCACGUCUUCCACAAAGGAAUCUCUCUCUAGGUUCUCUUGCUCCUCCCAGCUUGCCUGGGGCAGGUCGAUCUGGGCCUCUUCCUCCCCCUCCAAAUGAGCGGCCUCCUCCUCCAGUAAGAGAUCCUCCUAGCAGAUCAGGACCCCUUCCACCUCCUCCCCCUGUAAACAGAAAUGGCAGCAUUUCACGGGCAUUGCCUGCUACUCCACAGCUGCCUUCCAGGGCAGGAUUAGAAAACCAGAGAGGUGGACCAAGGCCUCCACUUCCUCCUGACAGACCUGGUUCCGGAGCUCCUCCACCACCACCUCCUGCACCAUCAGCAAUCAGAAAUGGCUUCCCGGACUCGUCAUGUGAAGAUGAGUGGGAAAGCAGAUUUUCCUUCCAUCCGAUAUCUGACCUGCCACCUCCAGAGCCAUAUGUUCCAAUGAACAAAAGUUACCCCAGUAAACUAGCAAGGAAUGAAAGCAGAGAUGGCUCUGGCCGAAGGGAAAGAGGUGUCCCACCGCUCCCACCUAUACCAAGGUGAAGUGGACUUCCAGCCCUUCUCAGGGUGACUGCUGGUUUUAGAUUUCUCUUGAAUUACUUCUCACGCCCAUGUCAUUGGAAAGUUGCCUCUUCUGCUUUGUUUCCACUUUUGGCUUGUGAUUAGGGGUAAUUUGAGUAUCUGUUAGAGAAGUAAGGUACAGUUUAUGAACAAUAGUUGCUUAAAACUAUAGAUUUUACUUGCUUAUAUAGCAGGCUGUCAUGAAAGGCAUUUUGGGGACCAUAUAUAACAAUAUACAUAUUCUUACUGGGUCCCGUCCUGUUCCCAGUGACCUUGGUAGGAGUUUUGCCAUUGAAUUCAACAAGAGCAGGUGCAAGCCCCCUAACUAGUUUGUGGGACAAAGUCCAAUAAUUUACUGCUGUCUGCCCGGAAAUGAAUCACAUGGGGAUGGCGCACAUAUGAGAUUCCCUUGGAUCUUUUUUUGCAUGCUUCAAUGCCCUAUCCUGCUUCUGCAUGCUACUGCUCAACUUUAUGUGAGUCUGCAAGUUAAUAGUUCAACCCAAAUUCUUUUGACCAUAGUUUAGCCCAGGGGUCGGCAACCUUUCACAAGUGGUGUGCCGAGUCUACAUUUAUUCACUCUAAAUUAAGGUUUUGCA